AGAUUUGAUCUAACGCGAACGUCGACGAUGGCAGAACUACUACAGCAGCUAAUCCUGGACACCCUUCAUACCCAGUCUACUUUAACAGACACCCGCACACUAACAAUCCCUGGCCAAUCUAGCCCAGCGACCAGCCAUGAUGCACAGAUCACCAUCCUUGGUGUGCUGAACUCGUUACUCAGUCGGGAGAUGAUAACAUACGAAACCCAUGAAGUUUCGUCUCAUGUGCUUACACCCGAGGGGGUCCAGAUCGUGCGUGAGGGCUCGCAUGAGGCUCGCGUCUGGGCUGCCCUCCCCGAACGUGGUGCUGGUGCCCCGCUCGGCGCGCAGGAUCUCAAGAAAGCAGUUGGAGACGAUGCUGCAAAAGUCGGACAGGGUCGCGCCUUCAAGAGUGGGUGGAUCGCGAAGGAGGGGAAUGGCUUCGUCAAGGCCGUAUCUACAAUUAAAGAUACGACCAAGAUUGAGCUGUGCGAAGUAGAAUCGUCGGGCACACUCGCAGCCGGUGAAAAGGCACUCGCCGAACUGCGAAAACGCAAGCUUAUCAUACAAAGGAAGGGCCAAUGGUUCACCGUGCAUAAGGGCACCAACUUCAGUACUUCAAUUGCAAAACCGGAGACUGAUUUGACGGUUGAUAUGCUCACUUCCGGCUCUUGGAAAAAUUCCUCCUUCAAAAAAUAUAACUUUGACGCAGACGGGAUACCCACGUCCGGCGGCGCUCUCCACCCUAUCCUUAAAGUCCGCGAGGAGAUCCGUAGUAUUUUCUUGGAAAUGGGUUUUGAAGAAAUGCCCACAGGGACUUUCGUCGAGUCUGGAUUCUGGUGCUUCGAUGCACUCUUUGUGCCCCAACUACAUCCCGCACGGGAACUCCAGGAUACCUUCUACCUCUCUGACCCCUCGACGUCCCUCCCUCCGCCAUCCGCUUACUAUGACCGCGUAGCACGCGUGCAUGAGCACGGCGGGUACGGUAGCGUCGGUUACCGUACGCCCUGGUCACAUGAGGAGUCGCACAAACUCCUCUUGCGCACGCACACGACUGCCUCGUCCGCUGCAAUGUUGUACAAGCUCGCAGCCAAAUGUCGAGGCGAAGAUGUCGACGGCGACCUUUCCUCAAAAUCGCAAUCUGGAGCUGCAAGCCCGGGUGACGAUGGGUUCAGACCAGCCAAACUCUUCAGCAUUGACCGCGUAUUCCGUAACGAGACGAUGGAUGCUACGCACCUUGCGGAAUUCCACCAAGUCGAAGGCGUCGUGGCAGAUCGGAACCUAACACUUGCGGAUUUGAUUGGCUUCAUGCGGACCUUCUUCAGAAAGAUGGGAAUGACGAAUCUGAGGUUCAAACCUGCGUACAACCCGUACACAGAGCCUUCUCUCGAGAUCUUCGCCUGGCACCCCCUCCUUGAAAAAUGGGUUGAGAUCGGGAACAGUGGCAUGUUCCGCCCUGAAAUGCUCGCACCCAUGGGCUUCCCACCUGAUGUGCGUGUGCACGGGUGGGGAAUUGGACUCGAACGACCUACUAUGAUUCGGUAUGGUGUUAACAACAUCAGGUCGCUUGUCGGGCACAAGACGUCCAUUGAGAACGUGGAGAACUCGCCAGCUGUCAUGUUUUAGAUGGGUGUAUGCUGAUUUAGAAGGAUACCGAAGAUGUAUCACCAUAAUUAUAAGUGUACACAAGCCGAGUGUCACGCAAAACAAAAUGACCGAGGCAAUGAUAUAAUAUCAGUCUAUGUACAAAUUUCUACAAUUGCCCUGCAGCAAUAAACGACA